AUAAAAUACAACGACGUCCGCAUCAACGACCUCUCACUCUCAGUCACCGCGUAUCUGCGCAUAUCCAUGGGCCGCCAUACAUGUUGGCCGCCGGCCGCCGCCGUUAGGGCCGCAGCGAUCUGCGUGCUUCUGCUGCUGCCGGCCGCGGCCGCGCAGGCGCCUGUGGAAGCAGCGGCCGCGAUCGAGGCGCAAGGCGACGGCAAUGGCACCACACGAGGCGGAGGCGGCGGCAGCGGCGCACGAGGGGGAGGAGGUGGUGGCGGUGGGGGCACGCGGAAGCUGGUGAGCGGCAUCGACUGCCAGAUCUGCGAGGCGACGUGCCGGGUGAAGUGCCUCAUCAACAACCUCUUCCAGUGGGGCGGGUGCUACCAGCGCUGCAAGACCGACAACUGCAACGACUGGUGCAGGUAGCAGAGAACCAGAGACACGACAACGGGGGCGCAUGUCCAUAUAUGGACAUGGACUGGCCGGAAUGCAUGCAAUGUCCACACGCACAUCGGAUUGACCGGAUCGAUGGUUAGACGACGACGACAGGGCUACUAGCUAGCCACACAUGCAUGUACCAGCUACACCUUCCUCUACCUGCAAUCACGGUCGUAUCUCAGUUUUUUAAGGCCCGGCUACAAAACAUAAAAAUAAGUCUGAAGACCUAUAGUAUAUAGAGAUAAAAACAAUCUAAAAUAUAGUAUUUAGUCUAGUCUUAUAUUCCUAUGCUCUUAUAUUAUCUAUUUUAAAGUCGAGCACAAAAUAAUAAACAACCUUUGCAUUUUUAUACC